UUUGUAAACAAUUCUGAUUAUUGUCAUAUUGUACAAACAAUAUUUAUCCAUAAGACAAAUAAUCUAGUUAGUUAGUUUGUUUUUUACGAUCUUUUUCUGAACUCAAUUGGAUCGUAUUCAAUUCACAUUGAUCAAAUGAUGAUCUCAAUGAAUAAUAAAUCAAUGAUAAUGAUUAAAAUCUAUGUAAAUCAAUAAAUGGAUUUUUGUGAAGUUAUCAUAUCAUGUAUAUCCUUCAUAUGACAGGAAUAUUGUAAAUUAUUAAUAUCAUGUUAAUUAUAUUACUUUUACAUAGUUUAUGUUUUAAAUUAGCAACAACAUUAGCAACAACAACAACAACAUCAACAACAACAACAACAAUUUAUGGUCAACAACGUUGUAUGAAACCGGUAUUAAUACAAAUACCAGAAUGUCAAAAUACAUUUUAUAAUUAUACUGGUAUGCCAAAUUUAAUAGGACAAGAGACACAAUUUGAUGCAAGACAUCAAUUACAAACAUUUAAACCAUUAAUCACUUAUAAAUGUUCAUCAAAAUUAAAUUUUUUCUUAUGUUCUAUUUAUACACCAAUGUGUGAUGUAAAUACACAUUAUUUAAUUGGACCAUGUCGUCCAUUAUGUGAACAUGUACGUGCAAGAUGUGCACCAUUUCUUAGAGUAUUUGAUUUUAAUUGGCCAGAAAAUUUGAAUUGUUCACGAUUUCCUAUAAAAAAUAGUGUUGGUGGUGCAAUGUGUAUGGAAGGUCCAGAAGAUUUAGAAGAAGAUAUAAAUUCAUUGAAAAGUGUAAUCAGUAGUAGUAGUAGUAGUAGUAGUAUUAAUAAUAAUCUAGAAUUAAAUGAUAAAUUCAAUAAACCAAAUCAUAAAGAUCUACCAUUAGAUCCAUCUAUGAAACAAAUGUUACAAGUAAUCAAUUUAGACAAUGAAAAAAUCAAUAACAAUCAAAUGAAACAACAAAUAACAAUCAAAGAAACAAAAGAUAAUGAAGAACAAUUAGAAUUAAAUCAAAUCAUGGAGAAAUUAACCAAUGAAUUCUUAAUCAAUAAACAAUUUCUUCCUAAUACUUUAAUUACAUCACAUAUAAAUAAAUAUCCAUUAUCAUUGCCACAAUUAGCUCAAUCUAUACGUUAUUGUUCACAUUUUAAAAAAUCAAUAUUUUAUGUAUAUAUUAAUCGUACUGGACGAUGUGCUCCAUUAUGUGAAUCUAAUAUACUUUAUACAACAGAAGCUAAACAUUUAUCCAUUAUGUGGACUAGUAUAUUAGCUGGUAUUUGUAGUUUAAUGACAAUAUUUACAUUAAUACGUUAUAUAAUGAAUUUAAAAGAUUUUCGUUUCAAUGAAAAACCAAUUAUUUAUAUUGCAUUAUGUCAAUUAUUUUAUGCAUUAGGAUUUGGUUUAAGUUUAAUAUUAGGUCAAUCUAAUGUAACAUGUGGACAAGAUUUAGAUUCUGGUCAAAGAAUUCGAUUACAAGAAGGUUUAGAUAAUGGUCUAUGUGUAUUUAUAUUUAUAAUACAAUAUUUCUUUUCUAUAGCUAGUUAUAUUUGGUGGACAAUGCUUGUUAUUCAUUGGGCUUUACAAAGAAUUAGUAUGAUUACAUCAUGUAUUAGUUGUUGUAAUACUCAUCCAUUACAAUUAAGUAGUAAUAAUAGUGGAAAUAUUUGUAGUAAUGAUAAUAAACAAUUAAAUCAUAUUGAUGAAAUGAAUACUGAAUCAAAUUGUUAUUGUUUCCCAAUUAAUUCAUUUUGUUUCUGUUCAGAAAAUUCAUUAAAUUGGAAUCAAUCAGAAAUUAUUAUGAAUGAAAGACUGAUGCAUCCUUCAACAAAAAAGCAUCAUGCUAGUAAUAAUAAUAAUAAUAAUAAUAAUAAUAAUACUCUAAACAAUCCAGCGUUAAAUACAACACCUACAAAUGUAAAACAACAGUAUCAACUAAAUUUUCAGAAUACAUUGAAUCAAACAAUAACUAAUGGUAUGAAACGUGAUAAUGGUAGUUGGUCAACAACUAUAAAUCAUCAUUAUCAUAAUCAUGAUUAUUGUCAACAACAAAGAUAUAGUAUGAUGUUCACAUCGAAAUCCGAUCAAGUUUCAGCUUGUUUAACUAGAGAGCAUGUAGUAGCAUGGUUGACAGCUGGUUUAUUUACUGUUGGUGUUCUUGUUAGUCGACAAGUUGAUGCAGAUGAAUUAAUUCCAGUUUGUGGUGUAGGUCGUCAAAAUACUAAUGUUCUUGGUGCAUUUAUUCUUGGACCUCAAACCGUUCUAAUCACUUUAGGAGGUGUUGCGUUUACAAUUGGUUUCCUGUGUUUGUUACCAUGUUUUCGUAAAUGUAAAUGUUUUUAUUGGUCACAGUGUAAUACUAAUGGAAAUCAAUCAAGUCGACAUUAUUCUGUUCAGUAUAAAAAACAAAAUUAUAAUCAUAGGAUAGAUAGUCAACCUAUUGACGGUAAUCCCACAUUGACAAGAUCUAUGGUCAACAGAUCUCAUCAUCACCAUCAUCGUCAUCAUCAUCAUUAUCAACCUACAUCUCAUAAUACCCAUCAACCUCAUCAUCAUGCAUAUGAUCAUCAGUCUCAUCCACAAUUCCAUAAUCAUUCUUCUCGACGUUUUCAUCAAAAUUAUCCUCAGCAUUUAUGUUAUACAACCUCAGUGUCAUCAUCUUCAUCAUGUGAUCCAAUGGAAUUUCGUAUUGGGUUAUUCUGUUUUCUUUAUUUAAUCCCAUUAAUUUGCAUGAAUGCCUGUGAUUUAUACGAAUAUUUAUAUCGUGAUAAAUGGUUAACUAUUCCCGAUUAUAAACAACAUUUGAACGAUCAUAGUACUAAUACGAAUACUAAUAAUUAUAGUAAUAAUAAUAUGAAUAAUAAUAAUAAUCGUAAAUUAAUGAAUAAUCGAUAUCAUAACAUUUAUGGGACAAGAAAUCAUCCAGAGAUAAUGAAUUUUGCAUCAUAUUUAUGGAAUAUUAAUGAAGUAUAUGGUCCAAAUCCAGAAUUAUUUAUGUUACGUAUAUUUAUGUCACUUGUCACUGGAUUCACAUGUAGUUUAUGGAUGUGGACUGUGAAAGGUUGUUGUUGUUCUUAUUUAAAUUAUGAUUGUUGUUUAUGUGUAACAAAUAAUAUUGGAACAUUGAAACAAAAACGGUGGGAAAAUCAAAACUUACUGCGAAAUUCAAAAAUAGUCGAAUUGACUAAACAGAACUAUUUAUGUUCAAAUGAAUUGAUUAAAACUAAUGAUAAUAAUGGUAAUAAGCAUAUUUUAAAAUCCAAUUUUACACGUACACCUGAUGGUACCACUUAUACACUACAUCCAUAUGCAAUUUAUCAACAUACAAAAACACCAGAUAGUUAUCAUUCACAACAAUUAGGGAUAAAUGGACAAUUUGAUAAUCGAUUUCCAAUAAUUGGUUGUUGUAGUAGUACUAGUCAUACUAAUACUACUACUAAUCCUGAUAAAAAUUCUACUAAUAUACCAUCUGUAUUAACUAAAGGUCAUUUAAGUCAAUUAGAUACAAGUUUUGUUGUACGUGAUUUUGAGCAUUCAAAUUCUACUACACCGGGUUAUUAUAGUCAUGCAAAAAUUAGUCCAAAUAUGAUUAUUGACUCAAUGAGUGAAGACGCAUCGGCCUCGUCAAUUCCACCACCUUUACCACCAUCUAAUAGUCGACCUCCACGUUUACCUGCACGUGGUGAUCCAUGUGUUGGAGCAUCAUCGAGUCAAGUAUUUGGAUUAAAUAACUUGGAUAAUCACAUAACUAACGCCACCAUGAAUAAUAAUAUUAUUAAUUGCAAUAAUAAUAAUAAUAAUAAUAAUGACAAUAGUGAAACUGAAAAUUAUAGUUUAAUUCAAUUUCAAAUCACAAGUUAAUAUGAGUAGUAUAUAAUUGGUUCUCUAAAAUAUCAUGAAAAUGUUUCUAAAUCACAAUCACACUUUGUUUAUGUAAUAUACUUACUUAUGCAAGUGAACAAUAUGAUCUUCCACAUCUAUUUCUUAAGGAAAUCCUAAUUUCUUUCCUUUAUAAUUUCGUUCUUAUAGUUGUUGUUGUCGACAACGUCAUCUUCACUAUAUAUAUAAAAACAGAUAUAUGUUUCAUUGUUACUGGUGUUCUACCAAUAGAUGAGGUCUAUGUAAUUUUUGUCAACUUCCACCUCGGUCCCCUCUCCGACCCACCCCCCUCAAUCAUUGUGAUCAUUCAAAUUGUUAUUAUUUUAUCUUUUGAAUUACAUUGUUUUAUUUUUUUUUAUCAUUCAUUUCUCAAAUGGUAGACAUGCAUUUAUUUGAUUGUGUAUUUAAUACAAUAUUCUCUCUUCUCUUCUCAAGUGUAUAUUCAUAACAAGACUUCAAGUAUAUAUAUAUAUUCGGUCUUACAGGGUACAUUUACAGUUAUCAAAUGGUAGUCAUUAUGUAAUUGGCAAUUAAUAUGUCAGCAGUCUAUAAAUCUAAACUUGCACAAAUAUUUUACACAAAACAUCUUAUAAACAAACGAGUUAUUAUUAUUGGUGGUGAUGUAUGUAUGUAUGUAUAAAAGCAUGCGCAUGACAAUCAUUCUGUCUCAUUCUGUUCAUUCUUUUCUUGUACAAUGUUCUAUGAUCAAUAAUGGUCAUUUGGAUCUCUCUAAGUGUAUUAUUUAUCUUACUUUAUUUAUCAUUCAAUUAUAUUCGUUUGUUUAUUAAUGAUCAUUUGUAAACAAUAAGAAUGUUAGAAAGAAAAUAACAACAUGAUGAUGAUGAUGAUGAUGAUGAUGAUUGAACAAGGAAUGUUUCAUAUGUACAAUAUCUACAUAGAUCUAUUGGAUAGUGUGUUUGAGUAUUUUGGUCAAGUGUAUACAUUAUACAUAUAUAUAUUCUUCACUUUACUAAUAAACUAGGAUUCAUGGAAAAAAUAAAAACAAACCACUGAUAGACAGAUAGACAAUAUCGUCAUUUACCCCAAACUCACUAAUAAUAAUAAUAAUUAUUAUUAUGUUUUUGUUCCCUUUUCUUUAUGGUGAAUAAAUAAAAUAGAUCAACAAAUAUGAGUAUUCAUUGACAAAAAAAAUAUGUUUUGAUC